UCGAAAUGAAAUUGAUUUUUUCAAUUACUAAUAUCAUCACUUUUUUUCAUGUAUAGAAAAUCUCAACAUGGAUAACAUAAAGAAAAUGGAUACUGAAAUAAAAAAACAAUUAACUGAAAAAAGAAAAAUUUUGACGUCGAACUCCAACAGGACCCCACUACUAAUUAUGGCAGAAGAGGCAGUAAAUGCCUACAACAGCAGUCAUCCGGAUAGUCCGCCAAUUUCCAUCACACAGAAAUUGUUGCGGACUUUGUCUACUAAGUUUUGGGAUAAGGAAAGUCAGGCACGAAGUUCUAGUAAAGCGAUUCACGAAAUGGAACGCGUGAAUAUUGAUAGGCUUACCGUUCCCCACGUGGAUUCCAUUUUGAAGUCAAUUGCAGAAAAGGGAAAGUUAAUGGAAUUUGAAAGAGAAAAAUUUGCCAAUUCAUCCAACGCAGCAUCCAGUAAACAAAGGGGGAAAAAAAGAAAAUUAGAAGACGACUUCCACCAAAUACUCCCAAAUAUAUCAUCAGCUAAAAUCACAAUCAGUGUCAAUAGUUCUGGAAACGUUGAAGUGUACUAUAUCAAAAAGCUUCAAACAGUUAAAAGAACACAUAUCUGCAAAACACCGUACACUGAGACCUCAUUCAAAAAAAUAGAUUUUCCUUUACCGGAAAACCUGGUUACUGAUGACAAUUUGAAAAAACUCAAUGUAUUUUAUUCCGACGGUAAUUUGGAAAUCAUUCUGAACACCAAGAAAACGUUGAGUAAACCAGAUUACAUCAAAAUCCACGUCUUGUUAGCAGACGAGAAAGCAGCUAACAAAAUUCCACUUCUGAGAGCCGUGCACUACUGCCGGGUCUACGGAAUUGCUACUCAAGCUCGCGUCGUUCUUCCGCGUCUUAAUAUCAACGCUAGCGAAAUCUGUGAACCUGUAUGCCAACUGCGGAUGCCAACUCCGGCCGACGGCAAUUACUCCCAACAAGAGGCACAAGAGGCAGAAACAGUUUUAGACACGGUAGAAGAAUUGGAAGAAAGACUUGAAGAAAAUUAG